UAUCACAUCGGAUGUUUCAAAAUUUAAUAAUAAUCAGAUAAUAAUCAAACUUUUCUGAAAAUAAACUUCUUAAUGAUGGUCAAAAGCUGCAAUGAAUGGUGCUGUCCACAUUAAUGCUAGCUGUGAGAAAGUACAAGACAUUACGGCAGGAGAAAAUGGCAACACAAGAGUUGGAAACAGUGGAGUUCUCAGAGAAAAUCUUGAGUUUUGCCAUCCCAGAGACAGAGUCCACCCAAACAGUUCCUCUCCGGCACCCACGUCGGCGAGAGCGCAAGCUCUGUCGGGAGGAGGUCACCACCAGUAUCCGCAUGUCUCUGCGUCAGUCUCACCUCAUUGGACCAGAAGACACUGUCUUUCAACAGUUUAUUAUGGACCGGCUGGCUGAGGCAGAUGAAGACCCAUACCUUCCACCCUUUGACUGUCUGCACACAUAUGCCUUUGAAGGGACAGGGUCUGUAACGGGCUCACUCAGCUCACUGGAGUCUGCCAUAUUUGACCCUUGCAUGAGUCAAACUCUUGAUGCGGGGCCGCAUCUCCUGCCACUGUCACCCUGGCUGGGAGCAGCAGCUGACGAGACCUCAUUCUGACCCGAGAAUAACAAAAUGAUUCUAACUUUUUUUGUUUUUUUGAACAUACCUACCAAUACUGGAGUGACUGAACUGAAGUUUUUAGGGGUGAAAACAAAGUAGGUUCUUGAACCCUAUUCUUCUUCUUCUGCUACUACUACUACUACUUCUAAAACUUUUUGGGAAUCAGAUAAUGUAUAUUGCAGAGCCCCUAAACUUCGUAUGAUGGCCCUGUAUAGCACCAACAUUCAGGUUUACAUACACAUGUCCAUCUUUGGGUACAGGUAUAAUAGUAAUCAAAUUAAAAUUUUCGUUAAUAAUUCUGAAACUGUGUAUAAUGAUAAUGAUGUUUUGCCUCUGAUUCCUUGAGGUCUCCUGAACCUGUUGGUGAUAUACUGUUCCAUUCUGUAUAAAAUGUUUUGAACAUUUUAAAUGUUCUCUCUCUUUUCCACCUAGUUCAUACAGAAUUGCUGUGUGUAAUCUGCAAACCCUCUUGACGAUACAUUAUUAAAAUAAUUUAGAUUAAUGAAAUUGUUUAGAAAAUUAAGAAUAUAUUUUGGGCGUGGCUAAUGAGGAG